UCAAUUAAACAAGCGCCGGUGGAAUUUCCGAGAAGGUGGGUUAAAGAAUCCCCACAACGAAGCUUGAUCAAAAGGAUUAAGAAUAGGUUAAAUAGAAGAAGAAAGUCUCUUUGCUCCCCAUAUGUUGUUUUUGAAAGAAAGCGAAAGAAAGAACCCAAUAAGGAAUCGGUUGAAAAUAAAGAAGAAGAAGAAGUUGUCGUCGACCAGGUUAAUAAAUUUCAAGAAGAGGUUGAAUCAGUACAUAAGGAGGAAGAAGCGCUCGAGCCAGUCACUCAUUAUGUUAGCGAGGACUACCCAGACAAGGUAUGGAAUGUUAGGUUUAAUUAUUUAAGUUUGUUCAGCAAAGAUUAUGACUUCAUUAUAUUACAGGUCCAGCCAGCAGCAGAAGUAAUCUACUUUCCUGCCAGGGAUGAAAUUCCUGAUUAUAUGCGGGAGACAAUUGAUAUAUGUUGUAGAAAAUAUACCGACUUGUUAGUUCAUCUAAUUCUUCUUAUUGUUUAUCACUAACUUAGUAACUGUUAACUAAAGUAAUAUUAUAUUUCCAAUUCAGCGGUGACCUAUUAAUUGACAUGGGACAUAUUUCAGUGCCGAGACGUUAUAUUGAUGAGUUUUUGGGAAAUGGUUGGUUAGGUAAUGAGCAGGUUGAUUGUUUUGCCAUGUUGAUGGAGAAUAAGCAGUGUACUGCACCACAACUAUAUAGAUCUUAUCUAUAUGUAUCACCAUGCCACUGGUUGUAUAGACAAGGUAAUGUGAAACCCUUCGUCGAACAUAUUACAAAGGAUGCUAUCCAGAAUACAGAAUUAAUAUUGAUACCUAUAAUAAAUAAUCAACAUUGGAUACUCCUUGUUGGGACAAUGAAUGAGAGUAAAUGGAGAGUUUAUGACUCCUUACCCAACCGGAUGCAUUUGGCCAUCACACAAAGCAUUGUAAGUUAUAAUUAUUUAAAGAUUGAGCAUUUUUUAGACACAUUUAAUGACUGGUCUUUAAAUACACAGAUUGAGCAUUUCUUAAAGGAUACCAGUGAUGCUUUCGAGGAGAAUUUGAUUAAGUGGCCAGUUGUAAUGACCAGGGGAAUACCAGUGCAAAGUAAUAGUUAUGAUUGUGGUGUUUAUGUUUGUAAAUAUAUGGAGACACUUGUUAGAAAAGAGAAGGUAAAUUGGGCGGAGAAAAAGGAUUGGCAGGAAUUAAUGCAUUUAUUCAUAGUGGAGAUUGUAUACGAAAUUUGUAAAUUUGCUUUGGAGAAAUCAGAAUAGGUUUCAAAGUUCAACAUUUAUUGUUGCUAUUACGAAUUUUGUUUGCC